ACCGUACCAAACAGUUUUAUUUUUUAUUGCCAAACAGGGCAAUUUUAUAGAGAAUAUAAAAUAAAUAUCAUUAUUUUUAUAAAUAGGAAAAUAUUUCUUGAAUUUAUCUGGAAAUUGAGCUGUCGUCGUUGUGAGGAAAGUCUCAAAAACCCGAUCGGAGUAGGAGUUAAUUCGAAGAUUGAUUGUUAAAAAAAGAAAAAAGAAAAAAUUGAUUUUGAUAUGGAAGCCGAUGUAUCAAUUAAUUUUCCUUUCGGAAACCUAAUUUCUAUGUGAGCAAAUUUUAAUAGUCGUUGCUUGUUGAGUGAGAAAAAUUUAUAAAUCUUUUUGAGUUAAUUUUUGAGGGUUUUUGGAGGCAUUCUUAGGGAUCCAUGGGUUCUGUGAAUUUGGUAGUGGUUUUGGUGGUUUGGCUGCUAAGUGGGUUUUCUAUGGCGGUGGCUAAUGUUGUGCUGAUUGGAAACAAUGUCACUCUCUCUUUCGAUGACAUCGAAGCCAAUUUCGCUCCCACAGUCAAGGGCUCAGGGGAAUGCGGAGUAUUGUAUGUUGCAGAGCCUCUUGACGCAUGCUCGCCAUUGACUAACAAAAUUGAGCAAUCCGCAAAUGCAAGCUCCCCGUUUGUUUUGAUGAUUAGAGGAGGGUGCAGUUUUGAAGAAAAAGUCAGAGAAGCACAGAAGGCUGGGUUCAAAGCUGUAAUUGUCUAUGACAAUGUAGCUGGUGAUGUCUUGGUUGCAAUGGCAGGAGAUUCAUCUGGCAUAAAAGUGCACGCCGUUUUUGUAUCGAAAGCUUCUGGUGAAACACUAAUGAAGUAUGCUGGACGUACAGACAUGGAGUUAUGGCUAAUCCCAAGCUUUGAAAACUCAGCAUGGUCAAUAAUGGCAAUCUCCUUUAUUUCUCUGCUUGCUAUGUCUGCAGUGCUGGCUACUUGUUUCUUCGUUCGCAGGCAUCGAAUAAGACGAGAACGACCUCGAUCUUCUCAUGUUCGGGAAUUUCAUGGGAUGAGCAGUCGCUUAGUGAAAGCGAUGCCUAGUUUGAUAUUUACUGCAGUUUUGGAAGAUAACUGCACUUCAUCAACAUGUGCUAUAUGCCUUGAAGACUAUAGCGUUGGUGAGAAGCUCAGAGUUCUACCAUGUCGACACAAAUUUCAUGCUUUCUGCGUGGAUUCUUGGCUUACAACAUGGAGGACCUUUUGCCCAGUUUGCAAGCGUGAUGCAAGAACUAACAUAGGUGAUCCAACAGCUUCGGAAUCCACACCAUUGCUCUCAUCCAAUGCUGGUUCUAUUGCUUCAUCCUCCGUAGUAUCGUCAUUGAGAUCUUCGUUAGCAUCAUCAUCAGCCAUACAAAUAGCUCCAGCAACAUCACGUUCACCUUCAGUUUCUCGUCCUUACUCUCUUGCUAGCACUCCUUAUGUGCAGCAGUCUCUUAGGUCCUAUCACCAAUUGCCUUCCUUGAGUGCGAGCAGAAGUUCAGUAGAUCUCCAGAAUGCAUCUUCGCAAAGAUCUCAUGCCCCCCAUUUGGUUUCCGGCCACUCCUUGGGUUACCCUUCUUUAUCGUCCCUUAACUCCAGAUACUUGUAUCCAUAUAUUCCAAGCCCUAGCAAUGCCUCACCGAGCUUUGUCAGUUCUUCGAGCCAUCACCACAACCCGCUGCAUUGUAGUGAGUCAGCUGCGAGUUUUUCUCCUUUUGCUUCAGCUCAAUCUCUUCCAGAAUGCUGAUUCAAAAUAUAGAAUGUGAUGUGAUUCACUUUGUCACAGUCGGUAAGUAGAAGGUGAAACUUGACAUGUUUUAGACCACCUCUGGUUUAUACCACAUGUUCCCUGGUUUCAUCUGAUGCAGUUGCUUGCUUAUGGAGUUUGAUAUGAAAUACGACCUGUUGCCAACUGGAUUGUACAUUGUAGCUUUAAAAUUGUCAUUGAUUUUGAUUUUCCAGUGAUCUCUGUGCGUCUUACAUCCGAUGUAUAUUAAGUAAUGUCAAAAAGUUACAGAAUUUGAUGUUGCUGCUUUGAAUUUUUUCAAAAUUUAUAUCGUCGUUGACUUUGGUGCAUAUAGUGUUACUAACAUGACUGCUAUUUGUAUUGGAGUAUAGUUUUUUCAAUUUUUACUUUAUGUUUAUGAAUAAAGACUUCUCAUUCUUCC